AUGAUGAAUAGUGUUUUGGUUAUCGGUGGUGGUGGUAGAGAACAUGCCAUUGCUUGGAAACUUUCCCAAUCUCCAUAUGUAAAAAAAAUCUAUGUGUCUCCUGGAAAUGUUGGAAUGACAUCAAUUGAUAAGGUUUCCUUAGUGAAAUUAAAUGUUAAGAGUAACAAGGAAGUAGCUAAAUGGAGCGAAGAUAAUAAAGUAAAUUUAGUAGUAGUUGGUCCAGAAGAAUAUUUGGCAAAUGGAUUAGCUGAUGAAUUGAAAAACGUGGGAAUCUACUGUUUUGGUCCACAACAAGCAGCAUCUAUGAUUGAAGCUGACAAAUAUUGGGCAAAAGAAUUUAUGGAUAGACAUCAAAUUCCUACAGCAAAGUGGAAAGGAUUUAUCAAUGCUGAAAAAGCAAAGAAAUUUGUUAUGAAUGCACCAUUUCCAGCUCUUGUAAUAAAGGCUGCUGGUUUAGCAGCUGGAAAAGGAGUAAUAGUAGCAAAAGAUAAACAAGAAGCAUGCAAUGCAAUAGAUGAGAUUUUAACAGACAUGAAGUUUGGCUCUGCUGGAGAAUCAGUAGUUGUAGAGGAGCUAUUAGAAGGAGAAGAAGUCUCUGUGCUUGCAUUUACAGAUGGAAAAACUGUUGUUCCAAUGGUUCCUGCACAGGAUCAUAAAAGAAUAUUUAAUGACGACAUGGGACCAAACACUGGUGGCAUGGGUGCUUACUGUCCAUGUCCUUUGUUACAAAAAGAAGAUUAUGAAUUGGUGAAAUUAGAUGUCCUUCAAAAAGCUGUUCUUGGUCUUAAAGAAGAACAAAUUCCAUUUGUUGGCGUGUUAUAUGCUGGGUUAAUGCUAACCAAAGACGGACCCAAGGUUUUAGAAUUUAAUUGCAGAUUUGGGGAUCCAGAAACACAAGUUGUAUUACCACUAUUGAAAUCAGAUUUAUUUACAGUUAUGAAGGCCUGCUGUGAGGGUUCAUUGACUGAAUCUCAAGUUUCAUGGCGAGAAGAUGUAUUUGCUGUUGGUGUUAUUUUGGCAUCUCGUGGCUAUCCGGCGACUUCGUCGAAAGGCCAAGUUAUAUAUGGUGUCAAUGAGAUUGUGCGUAAAGCAGAUCAUUUUGUUUUCCACAGUGGAACAAAUAUUUCUCCAGAAGGAGAUCUGUUGACUAACGGAGGAAGAGUUCUCAUUACAGUAAGUUUAGCAUCUUCAUUGGCUUUAGCUGCUGCUAAAGCAACUCAUGCUGCUCAAAGCAUAUCUUUCGAAGGGAAACAAUUUAGAACUGAUAUAGCAUACAAGGGAGUUGCAAGGUCUAUAUUGCAUCACGGAAAACUUACAUAUAAAAGUAGCGGAGUAGACAUAGCUGCCGGUGAUUCGUUAGUGUCAGCUAUUAAGCCAGUUACAUCUUUGACGCAACGUUUAGGAACAAUGGGUUCGAUAGGUGGUUUUGGUGGAUUAUUCGAUGUUAAGGCAGCAGGUUAUAAAGACCCACUUUUGGUGUCUGGUACUGAUGGCGUUGGAACUAAGUUAAAGAUAGCUUUUGAAUGCAAUAAGCACGACACAGUCGGUAUAGAUUUGGUAGCUAUGUGUGUAAAUGAUGUUCUUGCACAUGGUGCAGAACCAUUAUUUUUCUUGGAUUAUUUUGCCUGUGGGAAAUUAGAUGUAAAUGUAGCCAGUGACGUUAUAAAUGGUGUAAGUGAAGGAUGCAAAAGAGCUGGGUGUUCAUUGGUUGGCGGUGAAACAGCAGAAAUGCCUGAUAUGUAUGCCAAUGGAGAAUAUGAUUUAGCGGGAUUCGCUGUAGGUGCUGUUGAGAGGGAUAAAUUACUUCCACGCACAAAUGAUAUAAAGGAAGGUGACGUAGUAAUUGGUCUUCCAUCAAGUGGAAUCCAUAGUAAUGGAUUUAGUCUUGUUCGAAAAAUUUUAAAGCUAACAGACAAGAAAUAUUCUGAUAUAGCACCAUUUUCUGAAAAUAAUCGUACAAUCGGCGAUGAACUAUUGGAACCAACAAAAAUUUAUGUAAAAAGUGUAAUAUCCGCUAUGCAAACGAAUUUGAUAAAGGCAUUUGCGCAUAUUACUGGAGGAGGUCUCACAGAGAACAUACCCAGAGUCUUACCAGAAAAUAUAGGAGUGGUGUUAGAUGCCAGUAAAUGGAAUAUCCAAUCAAUUUUUGGUUGGUUAGCAGCUGUUGGUGAGAUUAAUAAGGAAGAAAUGUUACGGACAUUUAAUUGUGGUAUUGGGGCAGUGUUAAUAUGUUCAGAAAAAGAUAAAGAUGUAGUUUUAAUGAAGUUACAAACAGAGAAGCCUACUGUUAUUGGACAUGUAAAUAAUCACGAGGGAAGUAAAAUUAGGGUGAAUGUUAGAAAUUUUGAAGCAGCAUUGGAAUUGAAAAUGAAACAGUACGUACCGGAUAUCGUUACAAAGUUACGUAAACCACCAAGGAGGGUAGGUGUUCUUAUAUCUGGUAGUGGCACCAAUUUGCAAUCAUUAAUAGAUGCUACUCAAGAUCCAACACAACAUAUCGGUGCAGAAAUAGUUUUGGUGAUAUCUAAUAAACCAGAUGUUGAAGGACUUAAACGAGCUGAAAGAGCUGGUAUUAAAACAGUGGUUAUUAAACACACUGAUUAUCCUAACCGAGAAGCUUUUGAUUCGGCAAUGAAUGUCGAACUAGAUGCUGCUGAAGUUCAAAUAGUUUGUUUGGCUGGUUUUAUGCGUAUUCUAUCGGAAAGUUUCGUAAAUCGAUGGCGUGGAGCAUUAAUAAAUGUACAUCCAUCAUUGUUACCAUCCUUUAAAGGCGCGUGUGCACAUAAAGAUGUUUUAGCAGCUGGUGUACGUGUUUCAGGAUGCACAGUACAUUUUGUCGAGGUCGAUAUAGAUUCGGGAGCAAUCAUUGAACAAGCAGCAGUUCCUGUAUUGCCAAAUGAUACUGUAAAAACACUUCAAAAUCGUGUAAAAACAGCGGAGCAUGGUAUAUUUCCUCUAGCAUUAAAACACUUAGCUACUGGUAAAAUAGAAUUGAAAGAAGAUAAUACUAUUAUCUGGAACUAUUAAAAACAGAACAUUUUGUACCACUUUCUAUCUAGUAA